UUAAUUUUAUUUUGGUGCCUGGCAACUCGAGAGCAUUUAUAAGUUUGGGGAGAUCGUGAGAAUAAAUAAUGAGAAGUUGAAACCGAGAAAAUAAGAGGAGAAAGAGGGAUUUGGUCACCUGGAGUGUGUGUGACAGUCUAUAUAUAUAUCAUCAGAGCUGCGAUUAGGAACUGGAAUCUGUUCUGUAGUAAUGGAGGAAAUAAGAUCUGCGAUGGAGCAACAAAUGGAUCUGAUGGCGGAUCUGGUCCAGAAGCUCUCCGGUGAGCUCCGAACCGGAUUACAACCUGCCUAUGCUAAUUUCAUUGGGUUUUUCCACGCCAUCGAUUGGAAGGAACCAUGGAUAAUGGGAUUAAUGGCGUUUCAUGCUCUGUUUCUAUUGGUUACUCUUCUUUCUAGAAGGCAUCUCAACUUCCAUAUGUUCCUCUUCUUAUUCUCAUUGUGUGGAGUGUACUUUGCAGAGAGUCUCAACCGAGUCUUGAGGAAAAACUGGAAGAGCUUCUCUACUCAAAACUACUUUGACCCCCACGGAGUCUUCCUCUCGGUUCUCUGGUCUGGACCACUUCUUGUCAUUGCAAUGAUAAUUCUGAUAAACACACUCUUUUCGCUUUGCUACCUAAUUGUAAAAUGGAAAAGAGCUGAACUCAGGCAUCGUGCAAGGCUUGCUCGUACCAAGCAGGAAUAGAACCCAAAGCUCUCUCUUAUUAGCAUAUCCUUAGUAUACUCUCGCAUUGCACCAAACUGUUUUCUAUUUGAAUUGUGUUUCAUUUUGAACUGAACGAACCAAACCAGAUUAAACCAAGCCGUAUUCUAUUUCGGUUUGUUUUGAAACAUUAAACUGAAAUCUAAAGACUGAAGAAUCCCAAGUC